ACCAGGCGCUCUCCUUCGCCUGGUGGCCACGUUAACUGUUUAUGAAUCAAAUAUUACAAACGUUGCUUAAUGUAAAUUGAAUAGUAGACAUUGAUAAAAGAAAGUAACUGUAAAGUGAAAGUUACGUCAUCGUUGUUCCAAACUCAGGGUAUGAAUCUCUGUUUAUUUGAACCUCUACAGCAAAAUUACCUGUAAAUGCAAAGACAAAUGAGGCCAUUGUUCAAAAUGUUUACCUGAUUGAGCAAAACCGAUGUGACAUUUGGAUUCAGCCCAUCCAAAUUUUCCUAAAUUAGCUAAAAAGCUGAGACAAUGAAUUUGUUGUUGACUAGUGUUAUUAAAGUAAUUGUUAGUUGCAGCCCUACCUACGAUGAACACAAUUCUUACGAGACCAAAGCGGUCCACACUGAUGCCUUUCCGACCAACUGCCAAGUAGUCCAGACCGGAUGUUGUGGUCCAGACCGGGUGUUGUGGUCCAGACAGGUAUCGGCCAUGAGUGCGGACGAGGACGCGCGCUGGCUGGAGUGGGUGACCAAGCAGUUCGAGAGCAUCGCCGGUGACGACAAAGAGAUCGACCUGGAUGAGUUCAAGACGGCGCUCAAGGUCAAAGAGUCUUUCUUCGCCGAACGCUUCUUUGUGCUCUUCGACUCGGACGGGAGCAGCUCCAUCAGCCUGGACGAGCUGCUGGAGGCGCUGGACCUUCUCAUCCACGGCAGUGAGACGGACAAGCUCAGGUUCCUCUUCCAGGUCUACGAUGUGGAUGGAAGCGGAUCUAUCGAUCCGGACGAACUGCGCACGGUUCUGAAGUCGUGCUUGCGUGAGAGCGCCAUCUCUCUGCCGGAGGAGAAAUUGGACGACCUCACCUUGGCGCUGUUCGAGUCGGCCGAUAAAGACAACAGCGGCGCCAUCACCUUCGAGGAGCUCAAAGCAGAACUGGAAGACUUUCCGGAGGUGAUGGAGAACCUGACUAUCAGCGCCGCUAACUGGCUCAAGCCUCCGGCUCAAGCGGACCAGAAGAAGCGGCAGGCUCCUCGGUACCUGACGCGGGCCUACUGGCACAACAACAGUCGCAAGCUCCUGUUUCUGUGUGGCUACGCCUGCCUCAGCGUGGCGCUAUUCGUGGGCGCCGUCCUGCAGCAUCGUCACAACAGUGCCUGCUACAUGCUGGCUAAAGGAUGCGGACAGUGCCUCAACUUCAACUGCACCUUUGUCAUGGUCUUGAUGCUGCGUCGCUGUCUGACGUGGUUGCGGGCCACCUGGGUCGUCCGGGUUUUGCCACUUGACCAGAACAUCCUGUUACAUCAGAUCGUGGGCUACGCCAUCCUCGGAUACACACUCGUGCACACCACUGCGCACAUCUUCAACUUUGCCCAGCUGUCGGAGCAUAGCGAUUUCAGUGUUUGGGAGUACCUGCUGACGACACGGCCUGGCAUCGGCUGGGUGAAGGGCACAGCGUCUGUGACGGGUGUCGUUCUUCAAGUCGUCGUCUGCCUUAUGGGGCUCUGCUCCAGCACUUUUGUACGACGCGGCGGCCAUUUUGAGGUGUUCUACUGGUCUCACUUGUCCUACGUGUGGGUGUGGUCCCUUCUCAUGGUCCACUGCGCCAACUUCUGGAAGUGGUUUGUGGUUCCGGGUCUGGUCUUUUUGCUCGAGAAGAUCAUUGGAAUCGCUGUGUCCCGUAUGGGAGGUCUAUACAUCGUGGAGGUCAACCUGCUGCCGUCUAAGGUGACUCAUCUGGUCAUCAAGCGUCCGCAGUUCUUCCACUUCAAGCCGGGAGAUUACGUGUACAUCAACAUUCCGGUCAUCGCCAAGUACGAGUGGCACCCGUUCACCAUCAGCAGCGCUCCGGAACAAUCUGAGAGUCUGUGGCUGCACAUCCGCUCCAUGGGCCAGUGGACCAACCGUCUGUAUGAGUAUUUCCGACAGCCGCAGAGUCCGGUGCCGAGUCCGAGGAGGCUGGCGGCGAGCCUGCGGAGCCGACGGCUGAUAAAGACUCAGGAGGAGUUGUUCAGCUCGCCGCACUAUCACGGCGCCGUGGCGUCCAAUGAGAACGACACGGUGGAGCUGACCAUGUACCGUCACAAUAGCUCCCGGGCCGGCACCACCCCGUCGACCUCGCCGCCACUUCCUGAUCCUCCAGAAGAGCUCGGGCCUGCGGAGAGAGGCGAGGCCCCGCCCCUCAGAGAGGUUUCUGCAAAGUAUGGCGAGAAUCACCACUUCUGCAACAUCAAGGUGAGCGCACGCCGGGUCAAAAUGCUUUUACGCAGCGGUCACAUGAUCUCGUUCACGAUGCAGUGUUACGUGGAUGGACCCUACGGUACCCCUACAAGACAGAUCUUUGCGUCUGAGCACGCCGUCCUGAUCGGGGCGGGAAUCGGCAUUACACCCUUUGCCUCCAUUCUGCAAAGCAUCAUGUAUCGGUAUCGGCGCAGGAAGCAGAACUGUCCCAAUUGCAACUACUCGUGGUGUGAAAACAUAAAGGAUAGCGAAAUGAAGCUACGCAAAGUCGACUUCAUCUGGAUCAACCGCGACCAGAAGUCCUUCGAGUGGUUCGUCAGCCUCCUGACCAAAUUGGAGAUGGACCAGGCCGACGGGGAGCCCGAAGGUCGUUUCCUGGAGAUGCACAUGUACAUGACGUCAGCUUUGUGCAAGAACGACAUGAAGGCCAUUGGCCUACAGAUGGCGCUGGACCUGCUGGCCAAGAAGGAGAAGAGAGACUCCAUCACAGGCCUGAGGACUAGAACACAGCCCGGACGACCCGAGUGGGCCAAGGUGUUCCAGAAAAUUUCGGAGGAGAACAAAGGAAAAGUUCACGUGUUCUACUGUGGUUCUCCUGCACUGGCCAAAGUCAUUAAAGCUCAGUGCGAACACUUCGGCUUCAACUUCUACAAGGAAAACUUCUGAAGUAAAAGAGGAUACGUUUCUAUGGCAACAUUUCCAUAGGUCGGAAUGCUGAUCUUGAAGAUGAUCUUUGUACAAUCUUCCUGUGCAGAAAACAAUAGGGGGCAGCACACCUUUGUCUCACAAGCUUGAAUGGGACCCGUGAAGCCUCCCAAUGUACUACCGCCUCAGCUGCUUUUAGCACACACACACACACACACACACACACACACACACACACACACACACAUAUACAUUCAAAUAUCCAUCCAUCUACAGCCGAGAGAUGUAGUUGCUCUAGUUUGUCCUGGGCCGUCCCUGCAUCCUCCUCCUGGUGGGAUGUGCCUGGAACACCUCACCAGCGAGGCGUCUAGGGACAUCCUAACCAUAUGCCUGGGCCAACUCAUCUGGGUCCUCUCUAUGUGGAGGAGCAGUAGCUCGACUCUGAACCCCUUCUGGAUGACCGAGCUUCGAUCUGGAACCCGUACACUGUGCAGAGAAAAUUCAUUUCAACUGCUUGUAUCCGCGAUCUUGGUCUUUCGGUCAUGAUCCACAGCUCGUGACCAUAGGUGAGGGUAGGAAUGUAGAUCGACCGGUAAAUGGAGGGCUUUUUGGAUCAGCUCUUUCUUCACCACGACAGACCGAUACAGAGUCUGCAACACUGCAGAUGGUGCACCGAUCCGCCUGUCAAUCUCCUGCUACAUUCUUUCCUCACUUGUGAACAAGACCCAAGAUACUCAUUCCCGCCCUGGUGAUGGAGCCCCAACCCUUUUCCGACUGAGUACCAUCGUCUCAGAUUUAGAGGUGCUGAUUCUCAUCCCAACCGUGUCACACUCAGUUGCAAACCGCUCGAGUGAGAGUUCAAGAUCACGACUUAAUGAAGCCAUCAGAACCACAUAAUUUGCACAAAGCAGAGAUGUAAUACUGUGGUCACCAAACUGGACCCCCUCAACACCUCGACUGCGCCUAGAAAUUCUGUCCUUAUGAACAGAAUCGGUGACAAAGGGAAGCCCUCACUGAGAAAAAAUACAACUGACUGCCAGCAAUGUGGACCAAGCUCUGACACCAGUCAUACAGGGACCGAACACCCAGUAUCAGAGGGUCCGGUUCUCCAUACGCCACCCCCCCCCCCCCCCCCACACACACACACACACACAGAACUGCCUCAGGAACAUGGUGCAAUGCCUUCUCCAAGUCCACAAAACACACGUGGACUGGUUGGGCGAACUCCAAAGCACCCUCGAAGACCCUGCUAAGGGUGUAGAGCUGGUGCACUGUUCCAAUGACAGGGUGAAAACCACACUGCUCCUCCUGAAUCUGAGAUUCCAAUUCCUAAUAGACCUUCCUCUCCAGAACCCCUGAAUAGACCUAACCAGGGAGGCUGAGGAGUGUGAUUCCCCCUAUAGUUGGGACACCCCCUCCGGCCCCCCUUCUUAAAAAGGGGGGGACCACCACCCCGGUCUGGCAAUCCAGAGGCACUGUCCCCAAUGUCCACGCGAUGUUGCAGAGGCGUGUCAACCAGGACAGCCCCACAACAUCCGGAGCCUUUAGGAACACCGGGCGUAUCUCAUCCACCCCUGGGGCCCUGCCACCGAGGAGCUUUUUAACAACCUUGGUGAACUCAACCCCAGAGAUAGGAGAGCCCGCCUCAGAGUCCCCACACUCUGCUUCCUCAUGGGAAGGGGCUCGGGAGAAUUUAGGACAUUAGCGUUAGUUAGGCAUGGCUGCUACAUUGGUAUAAUGUCUCAUUUGUACUAGUGUUACUACAUCUUCUUUUCCUUUCCUGUCUCCUGCAUCCUCCUCUCUAACACCAACUGCCCUCAUGUCUUCCCUCAUGACCUCCAUCAACCUUCUCUUUGGUCUUCCUCUAGCUCUCUUGCCUGGCAGCUCCAUCCUCAUCAUCCUUCUACCAAUAUACUCACUAUUUCUCCUCUGGACGUGUCCAAACCAUCGAACUCUGCUCUCUCUAACUUUGUCUCCAAAACAUCUAACCUUGGCUGUCCCUCUGAUGAACUCAUUUCCAACCUGGUCACUCCUAGAGCGAACCACUUUUUCAUUUCCGCCACCUCCAGCUCUGCUUUCUGCUAUCUCUUCAGUGCUACUCUCUCUAAUCCGUACAUCAUGGUUGGCCUCACCACUGUUUUAUAAACGGUGCCCUUCAUCCGAGCAGAGACUCUUCUGUCACACCUGACACCUUCCUUUAUCGUUCCAACCUGAUUGGACACGUUUUCUUCACUUCCUUACCACAGUCACCAUUGCUUUGGACUGUUGACCCCAAGUAUUUGAAGUCCUCCACCCUUUCUAUCUCUCCUCCCUGUAGUCUCACUCUUCCCCCACCACCCUUCUCAUUCAUUCACAUAUAUUCUGUCUUACUUCAGCUAAUCUUCAUUCCUCCCCUUUCCAGUUCAUGCCUCAAUAUUUCUAACUGUUCCUCCACCUGCUCCCUGCUUUCACUGCAGAUCACAAUGUCAUCUGCAAACAUAUGGUCCCCGGGGAUUCCAGUCUAACCUCAUCUGUCAGCCUAUCCAUCAACACUGCAAACAGGAAGGAGCUCAGGGCUGAUCCCUGAUGCAGUCCCACUUCCACCUUAAACUCCUCUGUCACACCUACAGCACAGCUCACCACUGUUCUGCUGCCCACAUACAUGUCCUGCAUUAGUCUAACAUACUUCUCUGUCAUUCCAGACUUGCGCAUGCAGUACCACAGUUCCACUCUGGGUACUCUGUCAUAAGAUCCACAAAGACACAAUGUCGCGCCUUCUGACCUCUGUACUUUUCCAUCAAGAUCCUCAAGGCAAAUAAUGCAUUUGUGGUACUCUUUCUAGGCAUGAAACCAUACUGUUGCUCGCAAACUCACUUCUGUCCUGAGUCGAGCCUCCACUACUCUUUCACAUAACUUCAUUGUGUGGCUCAUCAACUUUAUUCCUCUCUAGUUCCCACAGCUCUCCACAUCACCCUUGUUCUUCAAAAUGGACACAAGCACACUUUCCCUCCAUUCCUCAGGCAUCUACUCACCCGCUAGAAUUCUGUUGAACAAGCUGGUCAAAAACUCCACAGCCACCUCUCCUAGAUGCUUCCAUACCUCCACAGGAAUGUCAUCAGCACCCACUGCCUUUCCAUUUUUCAUCCUCUUUAAUGCCUUUCUAACUUCCCCCUUACUAAUCAUUGCCACUUCCUGGUCCACCACACUUGGUUCCUCUACUCUUCCAUCUCUCUCAUUUUCCUCAUUCAUCAACUCAAGAUCAUCGCCUGCCACCGUGGGGGACCUAGGUUCAAGACCCCGACUGGACCCAUCCCCCGGACUCACGGUUGUGGGGUCCUUGAGGAAGACACUGAUACCCCGAAAUGCUCCCCGGGCGCUUCAGCUGCCCCCUGCUCCAGUGUGUUCCACUAACGUGUGUGUGUUCACUGUGAUGGGUAAAAUGCAGAGAACAAAUUUCAUGUGCAUUCAUGUUCAUGACAAUAAAGGUCAUUCUUCUUCUUCAAAGUAUUCUUUCCAUCUAUCCAGCACACUACUGGCGCCAGUCAACACAUUUCCAUCUCUAUCCUUAAUCACCCUAACCUGCUGCACAUCCUUCCCAUCUCUAUCUCUCUGUCUGGCCCACCUGUAUAGAUCUUUUUCUCCUCCUUUAGUGUCCAACCUGGCAUACAUGUCAUCAUAUGCCUCGUUUGGCCUUUGCCACCUCUCCCUUUGCCCUAUGUUGCAUCUCAAUUUAUUCCUUUCUCCUCUCCUCGGUCCUCUCAGUGUCCCACUUCUUCUGAGCUAACCUAUUUCCUUGUAUGAUUUUCUGUACUUUGAGGUUCCACCACCAAGUCUCCUUCUCUCCUUUCUUGACAGAAGGUACACCAAGUACUCUCCUGCCUGUCUCUCUGAUCACCUUGGUUGUAGUGUUACAGUCUUGUGGAAGCUCCUCCUGUCCACCGAGAGCCUGUCUCAGCUCUUCCCAAAAGGCCGCACAACAUUCUUCCUUUCUCAGCUUCCACCACAUGGUUCUCUGCUCUGCCUUUGUCUUCUUAAUCUUCCUCCACCCACCGGUCUUCUUCUUUGCUGUCUAGCCACACUCUCCCCUACCACUACUUUACAAUCUGUAACAUCCUUCAGAUGACAUCGUCUGCACAAGAUCUAAUCCACCUGCGUGCUUCUACCUCCGCUCUUGUAGGCCACCCUAUGUUCCUGCCUCUUCUGGAAAAAAGUGUUCACUACAGCCAUUUAAAUUCUUUUUGCAAAGUCUACCACCAUCUGUCCCUCCAAGUUCCGUAAGUAAGUGCCGUACUUACCCAUCACUUCUUCAUCACCCCUAUUACCUUCACCAACAUGUCCAUUACAAUCUGCACCAAUCACGACUCUCUCUCUGUCUGGAAUGCUCAGAACUACUUGGUCUAGCUCCUUCCAGAAUUUCUCUUCCACCUCUAAGUCACAUCCUACCUGUGGGGCAUCGCCGCUAAUCACUUUAUGCAUAACACACUCAAUUUCAAGUUUCAGCCUCAUCACUCGAUCUGAUAGUCUUUUAACCUCCAAGACAUUCUUAGCCAACUCUUCUUUUAAAAUAACUCUCCCUCCAUUUCUCUUCCCAUCUACACCAUGGGAAAACAAAUUGUAACCCUGCCCCUAAACGUCGAGCCUUGCUGCCUUUCCACCUGCUCUUCUGGACACCCAAUAUAUCAACCUUUCUCCUAAUCAUCGUGUCAACCAACUCCUGAGCUUUUCCUGUCAUAGUCCCAACAUUCCAAGUCCCCAGAUUCAAUACGAGGCUCUGUGCUUUCCUCUUCUCUUUCUGCCGAAGAACCCGCUUUCCAUCUCUCCUUCGUCUUCGACCCACAGUAGCUGAAUUUCAACCGACGCCCUGCAGGUUAACUGUGCCGGGGGGGGGGGGGGCGUUGUUAACCCGGGCCACGACCGAUCCGGUAUGGAAUUCUUUAGAUGAAUGCUCAUAUUGUUUGGCAAAGUUUUAAGCCGGAUGCCCUUCCUGACGCAACCCUCUGCAUUUAUCCGGGCUACAGUUUGCACUGGCUUGUGCCCCCCAUAGGGCUGCAUUGUACUAGUGUUACUAUAACACUAAAUGUAUCGGUUUUAAGUUUUAUUUUUUGGAAUGUACAAUCACUUACAAAUUAAAAAGAGGAGUACAUUCUUUAAAAAAAAGCUGAAAACUUCCCUUGAAUGUAUUCAUCAUGUAAUGUAUUUCUCAAGUUGCUAAAUGCAGCAAACUGCUUUCAGUGUCCUGUAAAUGUUUUCAAUUUUGUGAGACCAACAAAAAUGAAAGUAGUAACAGAAUAUGUAAAUAGAUUGUUCCCAUUAUUAUUUAGACCAGUACUAUAAAUUCAGGAUAUGUUGUGAUAUUUAGUUGCUUAAAAUGCUGGUCAAUUACGGUAGGGUUAGUUUUGUGUUUUUUAUUAAAUCUUUCAUUUCCAAUCUGAUCUCUCGACUUUGUAGUCACCCGAGGAUGUCAUUUAACCUGUCAUUUUGUCGUAUUCUCUGUUUGGAUCAAUGUGAUUGUUUAUGUCGAGCGUAAACCUUGAAAGGCAUUAAAGGUUAGAGGAUGUGUGCUUUUUUGGA